CAUCAAACUUCUUAGUCAUCAUCAUAAUCUGAGAUCAGCUGGUCUUACAAGAAAUUAAGAAGAUCAUGGCGAUGAUUGUGUAUGCUUUUGCUGGAAAGCUGGUGGAGAGGCUGGGUAAUGCCAUUGAAGAGAAGGCCAUCAUGGUGUUAAGAGUCAAGGAUGAGCUCCAAAAGGCUCCAGAGAAGGAUGGAGAGGAUCGCACAUGUGCUCAAGGAUGCUGAGAGAAGAAGGAUACAAGAUGAGGCUGUCAAAGGUUGGGUGGAUGAGCUGAAAGAUGUGAUGUAUGAUGCCGACGACAUCAUUGAUCUUUGCAUGAUACAGGGCACGGGGCUGUUGCAAGAUGAUCAUCAUUCUCUGCCGGCUGAGUCAAGUGCUGCUGCUUCAACACGGGUACGCUGCCGUAACUUUCAUCUGCUCUCUUGUGUGUGUUGUGUGAAAUUUCGCUAUGAGAUUGCUGAUCAAAUUAAGAAUCUCAAUGUUAAGUUAGAAGAGAUAUCUAAGGACAAGGAUCAGUUUAACUUCAUAAAUUCUUCUUCUAACUCAAGCGAUGCAUAUGUUGUGAAUGAAUCUUCAUCUCGUCAGAGUUCCUGCUUACCUGAACCUGACAUCGUGGGCUGGGAUAUUAGAGAUGCAACUAAGAGUCUUGUUGAAUUAUUGGUCUGCCCUCAUGAACAGAAAUGCCGUCUUUUUGCCAUUAUCGGCAUGGGGGGUAUAGGCAAAACCACACUCGCUCAACAAAUAUAUAAUGAUUCAAAGAUAAAAGAUGAUUUUGUGUUACAGUCAUGGAUUUGGGUUUCAAAAUCUUUCAAAUCAAGGGCUGACCUGCUCAAAGAAAUCAUAAGAAAUAUUGGGGGUAGUUAUGGAGAGUCAACAACAGUCACAGAGUUGCAAAAAAUACUUUAUGAUGUCCUGCAUGGAAAGAGCUUAUUCUUGGUUUUAGAUGAUGUUUGGGAUGCGGAUGUAUGGAUUGAUUUAAUUAAAAAUCCGAUACAAAUAGCAACAACAAAAUGUAGAGUCUUGGUUACCACAAGAAACAGAAAUACUGCAAUGAAAAUGGGGGCAAUUCAUAUCCACAAUGUCAGUAAAUUGUCUUUGGAUUUUGGUUGGGAAUUACUUUGUAAGAAACUUUCCACAAACAGUGAUGAGACUGAUAUGCAAAUAAUGAAAGAUAUUGGGAUGCAAAUUAUUAAUAAAUGUGAUGGUCUUCCGAUUGCAAUCAAAGCUAUUGCUGGUGUUCUUAUAACAAAAGACAAAAAUAAGAGAGAAUGGGAGAAUGUUCUUAACAGUGAUGCGUGGGCUAUUACUGGACUUUCAGAAGAGCUUCAGGGAGCAUUAUAUUUGAGCUAUGAAGAUUUGCCUUCUGCUCUUAAACAUUGUUUUCUCUAUUGUGGUCUUAAGUUGGAGAAUCGUACAUUUUCUAGUAAAGAACUUGUUCCUGAAUGGAUUGCAGAAGGUUUUAUAAAACCAAGUGGAAAUGUAUCGAUGGAGGAUGUUGCUAAAGACUAUUACAUGGAAUUAAUCGGGAGGAGUUUUUUACAACCUGACGAGGAGUUUCUUGAUAUGUCCAGAUGCACGAUGCAUGAUUUGUUGCGAGGUCUUGCUCAGGCUCUUGCAGGUGAUGAAUGCUUUUUAGGAGAUCCACAAGACGCACAAAUAAGUAUAAAAAAAGUACGUCGUCUAACAGUGUCAAGUACAAGGGAAAGCGUCAGUAUUCAACAUCUUGACUGCCUUAGAAGAGUAUGGUUAUCGACCCCGCCAAGUUUGAAUACGCAAGAGAUUGGAAGCCUCAAGCAUUUGCGUUUAUUGAUCCUCAAUGGGGCUGGGAUUGAGAAUAUCCCUGAUAGUAUUGGGGAUUUGGUGCACUUAAGGCUUCUUAAUCUAGACCAUACAACAAUAUGCAAACUACCAGAUUCUUUGGGAAACCUUAUUAACUUACAAUUCUUGUUUCUUAGUGGUUGUAAAUCUUUGCACACCCUCCCUAGAAGCAUAACUAAGCUAUGCAAUUUAAGGAGACUCUUUCUCGAAGACACUCCUUUGAGUUAUGUGCCCAAGGGAAUCGGCAAGUUGGAACAUCUUAAUUAUUUGUCAGGAUUCAUCAUUGGAGACAAUGGUAUCGACCAAGAAGAGGGGUGUGACCUAGAAGAGCUGCAGAUGCUGAAAAACCUCAAUUACCUUCAAAUACAAAACUUGGAGAAAGCAAGUGGCAAAAGUGCUUCAGUGCUCUCAAACAAGUCUCAGCUUAAAGAAAUAUUUCUUAGUUGCACACCAAACACUAGUGAAGAUAUUCAACAACAACAGAUGGAUAAGAUUGUGCAAGUCUUUGAUGAGCUAUGCCCUCCAUCAGGCCUUGAGAAACUAAUAAUUGGACAUUAUUUUGGCGGUCAAUAUCCAAAGUGGCUGACAUCCACUUCAAUUAGUACUGCUUUUCUUGAAUUGAAUUGUUUGAUACUUGGUCGUUGCACCAACUGCUCUCAGUUUCCCCAGCUUGGCCAACUACCCCAGCUCAGCUAUCUAAAGAUACAUGGAGCGACUGCAGUAGUAUCAAUUGGUCCCGAAUUUCUUGGCAAUGGAGAACAUGCAAAAAGUGCCUUCCCCAAGCUUGAAUACUUAAUAAUUUGGAACAUGGCUAAUUGGGAGAAUGGUCACUAAUGAGUGGAGAGGAAGAAAACGAGCUUGAAUCUAGCAGGCUGUUGCUCUUCCCUCGUCUUAUUCGUAUUGCCAUUAAAAAUUGUCCCAAGCUUAAAGCUCUCCCAAAAGGCCUGAAUCGCAUCCCAAAAUUGCACAUCAAACAAGCUGCCAAACUUUCGAAGGUCUCUGAUCUCCCUGCAUUGAGAGAAUUGGAAGUCAUUGAUUGCCCAAAGCUGGCAUGUGUCGAGAAGCUUGACUCUCUACAGACCUUGAUGAUGAUUGAUGAAGAGAACAAGAGUCUCCCCCAGUGGCUCAUUUCUUUCCUACAACAAUUCAAAAUGCCUCAAGACAAUCAAUUCCACUUGCAUUUGGAAUGCACUGCCCAAGCGUUGAAGGGAUGUUUGAAAGGGCGUCCCUAUUGGGUUUUCCUCCAGCAAGUACCCCGCUUCGAAGCAUAUGCAGAGAAGAAAAGCAUGUAUUUGAAGUUCACUAAAGAACCAUUUUCCUACCAAACCAACCUUGAUGAAGAGACAACUGAAUGACAUGAGGACUUGCGUGACUGAUAUCUGGGAAUAGGGCUUCCAGUAGAAUGUCUGAAAAUACAAUGGAGCAUGCAUGUUAAGACGUGCGCCUCUAAUUGUGCUUGAAGCUCUUGGGGGUUGUAUGUGGAAAUGAUAGGCGAGAAAUGGCGUAAUCCAUCGGCUACAAUUCAAUCUAAUGAAUGAUUCAUUUUCAAACUUUCUCUAUUCACAAUCUUCCAACUCCUUCAGAAUCAAUGAACUAAUGAACCAAUCUUGAAUCCUGGAUUCUAGCUCAACAUUGAAAAGAUUCAAAGAUGUGAGAACAUGAAAACUUGCAAGCAUAUCGGAUUCUUAUUCAUCCGAGAUAUUUGGAAGUGGACUUUCCAGUAAAAUGUCUGAAAAUACAAUGGAGCAUUAUAAGAUUUGUGUCUUUAAAUUCUGCUUGAAGCUCUUGAGGAGGAGUCCAUUUUCACCAGUGAAGGGUCUAUGUGGAUAUGAUGGGCAAGAGAUGGCCUAAUGCUUCGGAUACAAUUUAAUCUAAUGGAAGGAAUUCAUUGCCAAAGCAUAUCUAUUCACACACUACCAUCUCCUUCAGAAUCAGUGAACUAUGGAUCCAAUCAUGAAGCUUGAGUUCUAGCUCAACAGUGAAAAAAUUCAAUUCAUAUGUUGAGUUCAUAGAUGUGAGAACAUGAAAACUUGCAAGCAUAUCAAAUUCUUGUUCAACCAAGGUUUGUUAUUAAUUUUCACCAGAGGCCCAGAAAAGAUGGGUAAACAUAUUUGCAUGGCAAUGACUUGAUGAAUGAACUGCGAAAUUGUUUGAGAGUGUAUCUCUAAUCUUGCAAAGCAGGCAUGAGCAAUUAAAGAUAUUACAAAGGGAUCAAAAUGUUGUAUGUUUUGAUUUCUUUCUCCUUCUCCUUGCUCUCUUUUAUUUUGGUUGUGACUUGACCUAAAACUCCCCUUGUAGUUUUUGCAGCUUACUAGAGUUGAUCAUUGUCCUCUGCUUUCCACCAUUAACAACAAAAGGAUGCACGGAGAGCACUGCACGAGAAGUUGGGGCUGUCUUUCAUAUUACAUAUCAGAAAAUAUGGUGGAGCAUGAUGAGGAUCUUUCCUUCAAUGUAUGCUUCCCUGACAAGUGUAUUUGGUCAUGGGAGAUUGUGAGUGUUUGCACAUCCUUCCUAGAAUCAUAACCAAGCUAUGCAAUCUGAGGCAGGAGAAGGAUGCACUUGGAAGAGUUAGUGGCACUAGAAAAAAUUGCUUACAUUCAAAUAGACAAGUUGGGGAAGCCAACAAAAUUGCAUCAGUGUUACCUUCAAAUGAACAAGCUUGCUAAAGUGUUUGAUGUUAUCGCCUCCAUCAGGCAUUUGAGAACAUAAGGAUCCAUGCCUUCUAUUGUUGUCGGUAUCCAAUGCAGAUCCCUUCUACUUUUCUUCUUCACCUGACAAUUUUGGAUCUUGAUGACUGCAAGUCCUUCCUUCAGCUUCCCCAGCUUGGCCAACUUCUGCAAAUGGAGCAGAUGACGAGGAAUCUUGAAAGCUAUUGCUGCUCUUCGGUUCCCCACUCUCAAGAAAAUUGUCAUUCGCGUACGCCACAAGUUGAAAUCUCUUCCAGGAGACUCAAGUCAUUACAAUAUCGAAGAAUUGGAAGUAGGUGGUGUUCACAGUCUUUUAAUGAUCUCUGGUCUCCCUAACUUGAUAUCACUUGAUGCUAUAGUGUGUCGAGAAGCAUGAGUUCCUACAAAGGUUGAAGCUGAUUGAAAGUACCAAUUCAAACAGAGGAGCUUGCAAGAAAGAUCUUUAAGCAUAAAGUUGAAGCAUUUUGGUGAUCUCAUUCCUGCUUCCCCUCGAUGUUCUUUUGUUGGUUUAUAGUUUCUUGGUGUUAUUUGGGAGAUACAUAACAGUUUCUGUCACUCUUUUUGCACCUCUGGAAUAAGGAAUGUACCCGAAGUUUGAAGUUGAA